AUGGGAGCAGAUGUUGUCAUUGACUAUACAAAAACAUCAUCCAAACCUAGAAUAGAUGGUGAAUCUGAAAAUCUGAAGAGUAUUUGUCAAACCAUUAAGGAAGACCAUGGAGAUUCUUAUGUGGAUAUUGUAUUGGAUUGUGUUGGUGGAACUGAAAUGUAUUAUCGUGAUGUUUGCAAUAAUUUUGAGUGUAAGAAAGCAAGAGAUGGUGUUGCAUUCACAACCAUUUCACCAAAUGUUCCAUUCGAACCAAAUAUGGGACUUUCUUCUUUGAUGAAAAUUGGAUAUUUUGUAGUUUCUAAUAAGAUUAGGUCAUUAUCGAGUGCUUAUCCAUCCUUCCACUUUGUUUUCAUGGAUAAGAACGUAAAAGAUAUGAAUUUACUGAUGAAUCAUAUUGUAAUUUCGAAUCAAGUUUACAAUCAACUUCCACUGAUGGAAUUUGAAUUUUCUGCUCAAGGAUUAAACGAUGCACAUAAACAAAUGGAAUCUCAAAGAACAGUUGGUAAAAUCGUUAUCAAAAUUCAAUAA